AUGGAGGGCGCCGGUGGUGCGGCGCACAGGCGGUGGGACACGUCUUCGCAGUACAGCUUCAGGACGUCGGUGAGCAGCCACGGUGAGGUGGAGGAGGCGAGCCCGCCGCCGGUGGAAAGGGUUUUCGUGGCCGUCCCCGAGGAUAUCAGGCACGGGAAGAGCACCAUGCUGUGGGCGGUGGAGAACCUGGCCAAGGACGGCGCCGGCGUCGUGAUCGCUCACGUCCACUGCCCCGCACAGAUGAUCCCCAUGAUGGGUGCAAAAGUUCAUUACAGCACGGUGAACCCACAACGGGUCAACGAUCACAGGAAGAAGGUGCGAGCAGAGGCAGAGGAGAAACUAGAUGAAUAUGUUGUCAUGUGCAGAAGACUAAAGGUCAGCUACGAGAAACUAAUAAUUGACAAGGAUGAUAUUGCUAAAGGGCUUGAGGAGCUUAUUGCCCUUCACGGCAUCACCAAGCUUGUCAUGGGAGCAGCAGCAGACAAACACUACUCAAAGGAAAUGAAAACACUAAAGUCCAAGACGGCACUCAGACUGAUGGAGGCAGCAGCCUCGUCAUGCAAGAUAUGGUUUACUUGUAAAGGACAUCUAAUAUGCACCAGGGAAGCGUAUACAACUGUUCCUGCAGUACCAUUGUCACCAGCACAUACGGUUGCAUCAACGUCAUCAGCAAGCAGCCCUUCUACUCAUACGAGAUCGAUGACAAUCCACCACUCGGAGAGUGAGGCGUCAAGCUCAAAUGGAAGCCCAAGACAUGAUCUGGGAAGAUCGAGAACAGAAGUGGCACAAUAUCUCUCUCAAGGAGCAACCAGUACACCGUCUCGGCUAUACGAGCCCUUUGAACUUAACAUCAAUGGAAAGUCUACCGUGACACCAAGGAGUUCUAUCGAUUCCUGGGAUGAACUUGGGAGGAGAUCGCGAAGCUCCUGGUAUGAUCCAUCAAGAAAUGAUGAUGCAGCCACUAUCUCUGGAUCAGCGACGCGUCAUCAAAUGGGAGAACCUGAUGAUGAGAACUUUUCAACUCCUUCUCGUGAGCUGGUGAAUCCAGGUGUUGAUGCUGACCUAUAUGAUAGACUUCUCAGUGAAGCUGAACUCUCGAAGAAGGAAGCAUAUGAAGAAUCAAUCAAGCGCCGAAGAGCGGAACGAGAUAUGAUUUCUUCUCUUCAAAAGGCAAACGAGAUGGAGAACUUAUAUCAGAAUGAGAUCAGGCAGCGAAAAACAAUUGAGGGCACAAUUGUAAGACAAGCACAGGAGAUCGAAGAAAUGAAAAGACAGCAUGAUGCAAUGUCCAAUGAAUUGCAUGACGUUAAGAAGCAGAAGUUCGUCCUAGAGCAACAAAUAACAGAGAUGGCGUCUGCAAUCAAAGAUCAUGAAGAGAAGAUGGUGGCGAACAAAUACCUUCUCCAAGUGCUGCAAACAGACAAGGAGAAGCUGCAACAAGAGCGAGACGCUGCGGUAACUGAAGCUGAAGGCUUGCGGCGGAAGAAUGACCAGAGAAUUUCCAUGCCAUUGUCAGCUCUAGCACUAAGCACCGAGUUCUCCUCCUAUGAGCUCGAACAAGCGACCCAAGGCUUCAACGAAGCACUCAAGAUAGGGGAGGGUGGAUUCGGAAGCGUCUACAAAGGCUUCCUCCGAAAUACAACCGUAGCAAUAAAGUUACUGCACCCGCAAAGCAUGCAAGGGCAGUCAGAAUUCAACCAAGAGGUUGUUGUGCUGAGUAGAGUACGGCAUCCGAACCUUGUCACGCUGAUCGGCGCGUGCCGGGAGGCAUUCGGCCUAGUGUACGAGUUCCUCCCCAACGGAAGCCUCGAGGACCGGCUCGCGUGCGCCAACAACACACCACCAUUGACAUGGCAGGUGCGCACCAAGAUCAUCUGCGAGAUGUGCUCGGCCCUGAUCUUCCUCCACUCGAACAAGCCGCACCCGGUGGUGCACGGCGACCUGAAGCCAGGCAACAUCCUCCUCGACGCCAACUUCGUGAGCAAGCUAGGGGACUUCGGCAUCUGCCGGCUUCUAAACCAAUCCAACACCACCAGGUCCGACAUCACCAGGUCCAUCACCACAAAACUGCACCGGACGACCACCCCGAAGGGGACCUUCGCGUACAUGGACCCGGAGUUACUGUCCACCCACGAACUCACCCCUCGUUCCGACGUGUACUCGCUCGGCAUCAUCAUCCUGAGGCUCUUGACGGGGCGGCCGCCGCAGAGGAUCGCCGAGGUGGUGGAGGACGCGAUGGAGAGAGGGGAGCUGGACGCCGUCCUCGACCCCACCGCGGGGGACUGGCCGUUCGUGCAGGCCAACCAGCUCGCGCACAUCGCCCUGCGGUGCGCGGAGAUGAGCCGGCGGCGCCGGCCGGACCUCGCGGGGGAGGUGUGGAAGGUGGUGGAGCCCCUCAUGAAGGCCGCGUCGCUCACAGCCGCGCGGCCGUCGUUCGCGGCGUCGUCGUCCGAUGACGCCCAUGCGCCGUCCUACUUCGUCUGCCCAAUCUUUCAGGAGGUGAUGACCGAUCCUCACAUCGCGGAGGACGGGUUCACGUACGAGGCCGAGGCGAUCAAGGGAUGGCUCGACAGUGGGCACGACACGUCGCCGAUGACGAACCUGAAGCUCGCGCACAGUAAGCUCACCCCGAAUAGGGCGCUCCGCUCGGCGAUCCUCGAGUGGCAACAGCAGCUGCAGCUGCUGUCGAGAUGACCAUUUCGGAAGCGCGCAUGCAGCUACAUGUUAUCGGAUGCUUCAUCUCAACUGUAAAUCGUGUGCAUACAAUUUGGAUGGAGUUUUGAUGGAUCCAAAGUUGUUCAAAAAAGGAACAAAAAAAGGGGGAACUUUUUUAGUGUUCCGGAGCAUGGUGUGCUUCUGUACGUGAUUUUGCAGCGCCUAGUGCUACUAAGGGCGCACCGUUUUAAAACGAAUCCGAUUGAGAAUUCGACA